CAGCGUACUCUGCUGACGCCUUGUUGCAAUAGGGUUUACGCUAUAUUUUUUGUCUUCAUUCCAUGUUUCGCUUUGCCCAACUGCUGAUAUCGUUUUUUAACUGACCACAACACCCCGAGUCGGUAGCUAGUUUGCGCAAGUAGUUGCGAGAUGUCUUCGUUAGCAGCUGCCAGAGCAGACAACUUUUACUACCCACCAGAUUUCGACCCUAAGAAGCACCAAACAUUAAAUAAGUACAAUGGCCAACACCCACUUCGGGAGCGAGCAGCUAAGCUGGACCAGGGCAUCCUGGUUAUCAGGUUCGAAAUCCCCUUCAACAUAUGGUGCGACAAGUGCGGCGAGCACAUCGCCAAGGGCGAGCGCUUCAAUGCGGAGAAGAAGGCCAUCGGCCACUACCACUCCACCAAGGUGCUGCAGUUCUGCAUGACCCACCACUGCGGCUGCCGCAUCACCAUUCAGACCGACCCCAAGAAUGCGGAGUACCUUGUGGUGGAGGGCGCGCGGAAAAAGGAGGAGAGCUACUCCGCUGCUGACGCAGAGGUGAUAGAGCUGCCGGAUGAGGAGGAGCGGGAGCGCAGGCGGCGGGACCCGCUCUACCGCCUGGAAUAUCAACAGGACGCUAAGGCCAAGGCCCUCAGCGGUGCCGCCCGCCUGGCAGCCAUACAGGACAUGGCGGAUGCGCGGGCAGCCGACCCCUACACCCUCAACCGGGCCCUCAGGGCCUCCCUGCGCGGAGAAAAGCGUACGGCAGCGGCACUGGAGUCUCAGCGGGUGGCGCUGGGGCUGCCGGGUGUCGUACAGUUGCUGCCGGGUGCGGAGGCGGACGGGCUGGCGGCUCAGGUGGCCUUCCUGACGAGCUCCGCGCGGGCGGAGGCGGGAGCGGAGGCGAAAAGGAAGCGCAUAUUGGAGCAGGACAUCUUCCUGGGUGCUGCUGCUGGGGCUGGGUGUGCUGGGAUCGCAUCCGCAGGAGGAGCUGCGAUUGCGUCAGGAGCAGGAGCAGCUGCGGCGGCUGUCGCUGCAGUUGGUGGGAUUGGGGGAAGAGGGAUGGCGCCAGCGGUGGCUGCUGCUGUGGUAAAGCGGCAGGUGGCGACUGCGGCGGCGGGGGCGGCUGUGAAGGUUCGAGCGGUGGAGGCGGGACGGCUGCCGCUGGAGGCCGCUAGGGCAGGGUCAGCAACAGGUGGGAGAGGGGAGGCUGCUGGCAGUGGCAGUGACAGGGGCGGCUGUGGCGGUGGCGCACAGGAGCCUGCUUCGUCGGGCAACCGGAAAGCCGGUGUCCCCUGUGCUGCUGCUACUGCUGGCACUCCGGCCGCUGCUGGUGGUGGUGCUGCGAAUGGCGCCUCCCGAGGGGCUGGUGUUAGUGACGCUGCUGCAGGUGCAGGUGCACCCAGCGGCAGCAGCAGCAGCCGGAUGCCUCCUGGGGCCGCGGCACUGGCGGCGGCCGCUGCUCGGAAAUCUGCUUCCGCACAGCACCGCUCCGGCGGGGCUGCACGACCCACGGGUCACACCGGGACGGCGGCUGGGCUGGGUAACGGCCUUGUUGGAGUUGCCGCUGCUGGUGGUGGUGGUGGUGGUGGUGUGAAGCGGUCGUUGAAGGAUCGUGCGGCGGAGCUGCAGCGGCGGCGGCUGGGCCCAUCAGGAGUGGGGCUGACAACAAGCCGGCCGGAUAUGUAGGGGCGUGGAGGUAGGGGAUAUGUGGCCUGUGUAUAUUUUAUUACUGUAUAGUGGAUGCCCUGGCUAUUAAUGUAUAGUAGACACCCUGGGACAUAGAAUCAUGGUUGGUAGAAGCCAUUCUUGUGGAGGACGUCAUGGUUAGCGAAGAGGAGGUGUGCGGAUGAAGCAAGUGGGGGGAGCUGCUAGCGAGCUGGGAGGUGUACAGGCGGUGCAAUGCAGGGAGCUCUACAGUGUGUUGAGGCUGCGUUGCGGCGGCGAAGCUGUAUGUGCGAGUGGGGGUGGUGCGGAGUCUGUGCAUAGGUAGUACCUACGGGUGCCGAGGAGGCACUAGUCGGCAUGAGGUUCGCCAUCAGCGGCCCCCGGUGUAGACCGGUAUACAUGGUGGCUUGGGAUUGAUUGUCUCUUGGAGACAACGAUGCAGACAAUCAUGGUUAUCGCUACGGUAGCUGUUGUGGCUGGCGACACAGCAGUCACGGAGGUCAUGCAACCAUGCGUUGCCAGCGUAUGCAUGUUCGUGUGACCGUACCCAACAGACAUGCAUGCACACAUGCAGCGCUUAUUCUACAGGCCUUGGAUUGGCUUGGGCACUGUAGGAGCAGCAUGCGGCAGGCGUGAUCAGCUGCGAGGUGAGGUGGGAGAUGUGUGCAGGUGGGCACGUGGGGGUAUAGCGACGAUGAUGAUGAUGGGCGUUUCUUGUGCGCUGAUCUGACUGCUCCCCCGCAUGGAUCCCCAUCGGGGUAUCCUUACUUCACCUUGCCUCUGCUUCCUGCUGCAUGUAUAGACGCUAUCGUCUCAGGUGCAUAUCUCACCAGCCGGGAGCGUGUAUAAAGUGAAACGGGUGCCUGGAACCUGGCCGUCGUUAUUCGAAGUAUAAGUAAAAUAGACUGUAUAAUUGUGUCGCU